GUUUGGUUUCUACCCAACAUUUGAAUUGGGUAAUCCCCAACCAGUCUCAGCCGUUUGCGUUUCAACCACAAAGUCACCGAGGUACUUCACGCAACACCAUGCGCUUCACGAUCCCGGCUCUCCUUGUCGUGUCCGCAACAGCUUGCCUAGCGGACAUGAUGAGGGUCAUUACCGUCUGCCCUUCGGAGGGCCUGGGGCGCUGUGACAGCAGCCGCGGCACGUUCCCGACAUGCUGUGGCCACUAUCCCGUCGAUGCCAACGAAGGGCGCAGAGGUACUGGCGUCCCGGGCAUGGUCGAGUUCUGCGUCGACUGGGGCAACCGGCGAGGCCACUUCCGAUUCUCGCACCAGUCUUUUAAGCGAUGCAUGUGCAUGGCCAGCGAACAAAACAUGAACUUGCCUCUCAUCUGUCCCACGAAUGGGUCGUGUAUCGUGUCAGAUUGGGAGGAGAUUCCCUGUUCUUGGAGGGAGGUACCGGCGGAACCUGAGGCGAUUGUGUCGGCGACGGAGGAGGAGGCUGCUCCUGUUGAGACUGGUAACCAUUAAGUGGGCUUUUAUGUGUCGGUGUGGAGGUUUUACGCGCGGCCUUGAAAAUCUGAGAGGUGGAAAAGUUGGCGAAGGACAGGAAACGAUGGGAAGGGGGUUUGGGAGGCCGGGUGGAAAGGGG